AGGUCAGAGGUCCUGGAGCUCAUCUGGAACCAAGAUGACACCUGGCCCACAUUUCUCUGCAGGCUCUUCAUCCUGCAGUGGGCCUCCAUGCUGGAGAACAAGCAGAGACUCAUGCAGACUGACGGCUGGCCGGAGACAGAUGAGGACAAACAGCCUGAUCUGAUGACCUUACAGGACCUUCAGCAGGCCAAAGCUGUCAUCUUCAACUGGAUCAAAGAUCUGCGUGCUCAGCCUGAGCAAAGCGUGUGGCCUGGAGAGCCAGUGGUAAAGAUCCUGGAGGACCUGCAGUCGGCCUGGCGUUGGAGGCGUGUUCCCAAUCUGCUGACCGCCAUGGAGCUGGUCAUGUGGACCUUAGUGUCCCAGAGGUCUGAGAAGGACAAAAUUCCACAGCAGUGGCUUCUGUGGAAGCAGAGAACUCAAAAGAUUGGUGCCAUAUCUUACAUUCCUCAGCCAGUGUGGGACUGGAUUGCAGAUGCCUCAGUGGACGUGACCCUGGACCUGGACACGGCUAACCCGGAUCUGCUCAUCUCCCCUGAUGAGAAGAAGAUGCGCUGCGGCUUCGAAAGAAAAGAUGUCUCCAACCUCCACCAGCGCUUCGACGGCUGGUGGUGCGCCGUCGGGGCGGAGGGCCUGGGCUCGGGCCGCCACUACUGGGAGGCGGAGGUGGGCGAGCGUGACUGGCGGCUGGGCGUGGCCAAAGAGUCGGCUCUGAGGAAGGGCUUCAAGUCCCUCAACACAAACACGGGGUACCUGACCCUGCGGCUGGAGAGGGGCACCGAGCUGAAGGCCCUGACGGUGCCCUUCACUGCCCUGCCGCCUGGCCUCAUCCCCCGCAAGGUGGGCGUCUACCUCGACUAUGACCACGAGCAGCUGUCCUUCUACGACGUGGACAAACACGCGCACAUUUACACCUACAACGAGCCCUUCGUUGAGCGCCUCUUCCCCUUGUUCGGAACGGUGGAGAUCGUCAAGGAUCUGGUGAUCAGGUCUCCAGCAGCAAAGACCCACUGUCUCUGCCCCACAUCCUGCCUGUGGGCUUAGAUUAUCCUCUGCCUGCAACAAUCGUCAUGAUCGAGUAAAACAAACAGAAGCACAGAGGAACCCUGAAGACCAACAAACAACUCCACUGCGUGACCACUCUGUGUUCUGCUUCUGCUUUAACGUGAAUGCUGCUAACACUUUAACACUAUAGUUAUAAAGCACUUUACUUUGCUCACAUGUAGUCAUACAUCUGAGAAAAAAAAUCUAUGUUCUAAUUUUAUCUUUUGCUCAAUCUGUAAAUGGAAAUGCACUUGUGUGAAUAGCAAAUAAAGCAAAUUGUGACCGAA